CGCGACAAGCUGCGCACUUGGGUUGAGGUGGGAACCCGGGCAGAGGCCCGCUCUUGGCUCCCAGAGGAUGGAGCGCGUGUGGCGGGCGUGGGACGGUCAGUCGUUCAAAGAGAACCAGCCAGAGUCGCCGAGUGCCGGGGGUAUCGUCGUCUCGUGGCUCAGCAGGGCUGAGUGGGAGCAAGUGACGGUUUAUCUGUUCUGUGAUGAUCACAAGUUGCAGCAGUACGCGCUGAACCGAAUUACAGUAUGGAGGAGCAGGUUAGGCAACGAACUGCCCCUGGCAGUGGCUUCUACUGCUGACCUGAUACGAUGCAAGCUCAUCGAUGCAGCCGGUACCUUGGGCACUGAUGAACUUAGACUGCUCUAUGGCAUGGCAUUGGUCAGGUUUGUGAAUCUUAUCUCAGAGAGGAAGACCAAAUCUUCUAACCUUCCCCUCAAAUACCUGGCUCAGGAGGUGAACAUUCCAGACUGGAUUGUUGAACUUCGCCACAAUUUGACCCACAAGAAAAUGCCCCAUAUCAAUGACUGCCGCAGAGGUUGCUACUUUGUCCUCAAUUGGCUCCAGAAGACAUACUGGACCCGUCAACUGGAAGGCAGCCUGAAAGAAACCUGGGAGUUGGAUGAGGACCAGGUAGAUGCAGAAGAUACUGAAGAAGAGGAGCGUGAAAUUAUUGUUGAUGAUAUACUUGAAGAGAUACCAGAGCCUCAGAAUGAUGACAAAGAUGAAGAGUUGGCUGUCAAGGAUGAUGCAAAUAUUAAAGGCAAUGAAGAGGUAGCUUCUCAUCCAGAACCAUCUCCAAGACAUAAGGAGUUGUAUGAGAAAGCACGAGAAUUGCUGGUAUCCUAUGAAGAGGAACAGUUUAAGGUGCUGGAGAAAUACAGGCAUUUACUUCAGGCUAUUAAAGUGUGGAAUAACCUUUCCCCACGUGUACAAUGUAUCCUAGAAGAACUCAAGAGCAUUUCAUGGGAGGACAGGGAUGCUGUGCUGGAUGCUUUUCUAGAUGAUGGCUUCCUCAUCCCCACUUUUGAGCAGUUGGCAGCUUUGCAGAUAGAGUAUGAAGAUGGUCAGACUGAGGUCCAGAAAGGGGAAGUUACUGAACCAAAUUCACACAAAAACAUCGACUUGAAUGAAGUGUUGGUGCCAAAGCCCUUCUCUCAGUUCUGGCAACCCCUGCUCAGGGGCCUGCACUCCCAGACCUUCACACAGGCCCUGCUAGAGAGGCUGUUCUCUGAGUUGUCUACCCUGGGGAGCACUGGGAUCCGGCCUACCUACAUCCUUAGAUGGACCGUUGAACUGAUCGUGGCCAACACCAAGAGUGGACGAAAUGCUCGGCGGUUUUCUGCAGGCCAGUGGGAAGCAAGAAAGAACUGGAGGCUGUUCAAUUGCUCUGCCACCCUUGACUGGCCGCAGGUGAUCGAGUCCUGCUUGGGCUCACCUUGUUGGGCCAGCCCUCAACUCCUUCAGGUAGUCUUCAAAGCUAUGGGACAGGUCUUGCCAGAUGAAGAGCAGGAGAAGCUGCUCCGAGUCUGUUCCAUUUAUACUCAGAAUGGAGAGAAUGGCUUGGCAAAGGCGAUUGAAGGUUCCUCCUCCUCCACUGGGAAAGCUCCGUACACACUGGAUACCUUAAAUGAGGACCUACAACCAUCUGGUACCAACUGUGAGUCCGAAGAAAGUAUUCAACAGAAGGAGCAAGGCAACCUUAAGGAUGUCAAGCAAGAGGAGAAAAAGAAUGAGGAAGAGGAGAAGGAGGAGGAGGAGAUGGAGGAAGAGGAGGAGAUAGAAGAGGAGGAGGAGGAGAAGGAGGAGGAAGAGGAAGAGCAGGAGCAGGAAGAACACCAGGAGGAAGAACAGGAGGAGGAUGAGGAAGAGGACCAAAAGGUCUUUCAAGAUCAGAUGGAGGCAGGUAUAGAGGAAAGUGAUGAUGUAGAAGAGGAGGAAGUAGAUGAUGAAGAAGAUGAUGAUGAUGACUAUGAUGAUGAUGAUGAAGAAGAAGAAGACAGGAUGGAAGUGGGGGGCUUCUCUCUUGCACAGGGAUCCAGUGUUUUUGAGAAUACUAGGACCACGUCUCGGAAAAGAGAAGCAUUGCAGGGCUCAGCAUGGCAAGUAAGCUCUGAAGAUGUACGAUGGGGUACAUUCCCUCUAGGCCGGCUACCAGGCCAGACUGAGGAUCCAGCAGAGCUUAUGCUGGAUAAUUAUGACACCAUGUAUCUUUUGGACCAACCUGUAAUAGAGCACCGGCUAGAACCCCAGAAGUCCAAGAGUAGCACUCUGAGCCUAUGUUGUGGUGGCAGCAAUACCAACUCUAGCAGUAGUGGCAGCAGCAGCAACAUGGAGGGCCUUCUCUGGAACCAAGGACAAAUGCAUGGGCUCAAAGCUGGCCUGCAGCUCUUCUGAUGGCUGUCCUGAUGCAGGUGUCCAUGUAACCCUGCCAUUGGCACAGCACAGUCCGGAAUCCACCCAUGGUACAGACUGGACAGCCUGAGAGACAGAUCAGCCUUAUCAAUUCAGCUUUCUACCACAAUGGAAAUCUGAAUGAUUUUUCCACCAUUUUCUGUUGUGUUUUGAAAAAUAAUAAACAGAUUUUUGUCACGGUGUUUGUGAGAUGAGGGAUGUGUAAGCUGGGGUAGAGCAGUGUAAUUCUUCCUUUACUGUGUGGGUAUUCUAAAGA